AUGAAUGUAACAACGUUGAAUUUUAAAGACAUGUUGAGUUUUAAUACUUGGAUGGAUGAAGAAUCAUCAAGAACAUAUUCUAGUUUUAAGAAGGAUCAAGGCACGCAACUUCAUGGAAAAAAUUCUUACUCAUAUUAUUCUUGUCAGUUUUCCAGAACAGCAAUAAAAUUUCAUGAAAGAAAGACUAGUCGUAAAAAUAUAAAAGGAGUUUUACCUACAGACGUAGGUUGUAUGGCCAGAAUAAUCUGCAGUGAAAAUUCAGGGGAAAUUAAUGUGCUGUAUUUUACUAAACGUAAUCACGCAUUAACAGAAGAAAAUAUUAAGUUCCAGCCAAUAAAGAAGACUUUUAGAGAUUACGUUAAAACAAAUGCUCAACUAGGUGUUCCAGCAGCAAGGGUUAUAGAAAAUAUUAGAGGCAACAGGAACCUUAGAGGUGAAGACAAUAUUAUUAUUAAAGAGUCUCUCCUUACUAACAAAAAUUUAAAAUAUUAUUAUGACUCAGUCAAAUCCUCUUCACUGCUGCAUAGAGAGGAUGCAGUUGCUGUUCACUGUUUAGUAAAUGAUAUGCUUCAGUGGCCGUAUAAUUCUGCACUAUUGCAUAAACCACAGUUUCAAGAAAUUGUUUUUGGUCCUUCAUAUCAGGAAAUUAAUUUACCAGAGGAUUCAUUUGUCGUGGGUAUACAGAUGGUUCAGCAAAAGGAGAUGUUAGUAGCAUGUGGUGGUAAAAUUUUAUGCAUUGAUUCUACACAUAAAACUAAUGAGCAAGAUUUUUAUUUACUUAAUUUAUUACUGCAGGAUGAAUAUGGGUGUGGUUAUGCAGUUGCUCAUUUUAUUAUAAGUAAAUUAGAUAAGGAUAUGAUGACUAUUUGUUUCGCUAGCAUUAAAGACAGGAUCCAGGACUUACAAGUAAACAAUAUUAUGACUGAUGAUGACAAAACUACUGGCCCCGCAUUUCAGGCAGUUUUUGGAGAUAAAGUAAACCAUCUUUUAUGUAAGUGGCACAUUCACAGGGCUUGGAACAGAAAGUUAAAUUCUUCAGUUUCUGAUGCAGUUUUGAGGCAAGAGAUAUAUGCAUAUUUAAUUGUAAUUUUAGAGGAACCAUCAAUUAGUAGAUUUAAUCAAAUGAUAGACGAUUUUAAAAGAAGGUAUAUUGGAAAGGCGCCUAUAUUUGUAAAUUAUUUUGACAAUUAUUGUAGUAAGGACAGAAAACCUAUCUGGAGUAUGUGUCACCCUCAAUUUCCGCAUGCUAAUACUGACACAAAUAUGUACUCUGAAUCUUUUCGCAAUGAAUUAAAGACACACUAUUUAAAGCGCAAGUUCAAUCGUAGAAUAGACAUUCUUAUUAAUACUCUCUUGAAGAUAGAAGAAGACACGUAUAUGGGGGGCGGAGUUACAGACCAUGUCAACCGUCAUCUAUGAAAAGGUACCCCGUCAUAGA